CUUUAAUCUAUCACUCUAGUAUCAGCCACUUGUGCUGCAGCAGAGGUCAAUGUACGGUUCAAUGUGGAGCUCCUGUCACAGGGUGGAUUGCAAGCAUGGCCGCAAGUGCGGCGUCCCUGAUCUUGAGUCUCAUUCAGGAGGUGAACGAUGCGAGCAGGGGUAUCAGGUUUCACAAGAUACAAGGAAAGAACCUCAACGCGCGGAUCCAGUUGCUCAAACCACAGGUAGAGACAAUCCUCAAGGAACCACAGCUUGAUUCCUACUCCACAGCCCUCUCUUCCCUCCAACUUCACCUUAAGAAUGCUCACAACAUCUUUUUGAAAUGUUGCGGGAGCAAGCUGUCGAGGAUUUUGAAUUACAAGAGCAUUAUGGACGAUAUCAUCCAGGUGAAUACGGACAUAACCAAUUCCUUGGUGGACAUCCACUUUGUUCAACAGCAGAAGAACGGUGAUUUGCAAGCCCUCAUAUUGGAGUUCCUGAUGGGCGUGGGAGAGCCGGAUCCUGCAGAAGUGCCGGAGGACGCGGCAGAGUUUCCCAAGUUGCAGCGGAAUGAACCGACGGCUGUUAUUAAGACUGUCAACAAGUUGAGACAGGAGGGGUGCGUGUCAGAUGCUGACGUCGAGGUUUACAGGCAGGACCUGGAAAAGCUCAAGCACCAGAAUGAGGAGUUGCACCGCCUCAUGUCAAUGGCCGCUGAGGGGCAAGAGGAAUACUAUGUGAAGAAGGCUGCUGCUGAGGAUGUUAUAUUGGACCAGCUCAUUGCAUUGCUGGAAAGCUCGGAGGCGGUCCGGGAAGAACAUGUCAAGGAGGGGUCUGAGCCAAGCGUGUGCGAGGAGGGCGGUGAUGCAAAGAAGGAACCGCAAGUCGGGGGUUCUGACGAAGUCAGUGCGGGUCCGGGGAUGCGUGUGACUUUGCCGUCUGCCUUUCUGAAGUCGUUUCUUUCGGUGACAGGGGUCCUAGUGGUUGUGGUGAUUGCGAUCGCCGUUCACUUGGGCACUACUACCAAUCCUGGCAAGUGUCAGGGCAGAGACCCGGAGCAAAAAGCGGUGUGCUAUCGGAAGGCAGCCGAGCAGGGGGUUGCAAAGGCACAGUUCUCGUUGGGCCUAUGUUAUGCUGGUGGUUUGGGUGUGAGUAGAGAUCCUUUCGAGGCCCUCUCUUGGUAUCAAAAGGCCGCGAACCAGGGAUUGUUGGCUGCACAGUAUAUGUUGGGCUUGAGCUACGAAGGAGGCUGGGUUGUGGGCAAAAAUGUAUCGAAUGCUUUGAUUUGGUAUCAGAAGGCUGCACUUCAAGGCCUUCCGGAGGCACAGUUCAAGGUAGGCGUCUGCUAUGAGACCGGGUGGGGUGUAGACGAGGAUGCCUCAGAGGCGGUGGCUUGGUUCAGAAGGGCCGCCAGCCAGGGAGUUGCGGAGGCACAGUUCAAGCUUGGCGUCUGCUUAUUGGACGGAUGGGGUGAGCGGAAGGAUGUCUCAGAGGCAGUGAAUUGGUUCCGGGUGGCUGCUGAUCAAGGCCAUGCAAAGGCACAGUUCAAGUUAGGCCUCUCCUACAUGCAAGGAUGGGUUGACCGUAAUGAUGCUGCAAAGGCGGCCGCUUGCUUCAUGAGGGCUGCUGAUCAGGGCCUUGCAGAGGCACAGUUCCAACUAGGCGCGUGCUACUUCAAGGGUUCUGGUGUGCACAAGGAUCUUUUGAAGGCAGCGGCUUGCUUCAGCAGGGCUGCUAAGCGGGGCCUUGCGGAGGCACAACAACUUUUGGGCGUUUGCUACAUGAAGGGAUGGGGGGUUUAUGCAAAUCCCUCAAAGGCGUUGGCUUGGUUCAGAAGGGCUGCCAACCAGGGCAACGCAAUGGCACAAGUAAAUUUGGGCACUUGUCACGAAAAUGGUUGGGGUGUCGAAUCAAACCUGACGGAGGCCAUUGCUUGGUACCAGAAGGCCGCCGACCAAGGAGCCUCUGAUGCACAGUAUCGGCUGGGCGUCCAUUAUCGCGAAGAUGCGGGCAUUCAUAAGAAUGCCACAGAGGCUCUGCGGUAUUUUCAGCAAGCCGCAGUGCAAGGGUUUUCAAAUGCUGAAUAUGCUUUGGGUGUGUUGUACUCCAAGGGCGAAGGUGUGAGCAGGAGUGAUUCAAAGGCGCUGUACUGGUUUCUGAGGGCCGCCAAAAAUGGCAAUGUAGACGCUCAAUAUGCCGUCGGCAAGGGCUAUGCUGACGGCUACUCCCCUUUUCAAAAGAACACGAAGGAGGCAGUGUAUUGGUAUCAUGAGGCCGCUAACGGAGGGAAACCAGAAGCACAACUGGCUUUAGGGCUUUGGUAUGCUGAAGGGAAGGGCGUGGACAAAGAUAGUGGCAAGGCAGUGCUGUGGUACCGAAGAGCCGCAGAACAAGGAAAUGUGAAAGGGCAAUCUCUCUUAGGAUAG